CCCAGCUGCGGCGGCUGCUCGGGGCAAGUCGGGCCCCCGCGUGCUAGGGGGCGCCCCUGGCUGUUGCUGCCCCGCGCCACCGGGACUGGCCGAGGAGGAGCCCUUCCUGGCGGGAGUCCGGGCCGAGGAUGUGGUGGUGGGAUGCGCGGGUGACGACGCUCUUCAAGAGGAACCUCCAGCCCACGCUGACCUACUGGAGCGUCUUCUUCAGCUUCGGUCUGUGCAUCGCCUUCCUGGGGCCCACCCUGCUGGACCUGCGCUGCCAGACGCAGAGCUCCCUCUCGCAGAUCACCUGGGUCUUCUUCUCGCAACAGUUCUGCCUGCUGGUGGGCAGCUGCCUGGGAGGCGUCUUCAAGAGAACGUUGGCUCAGUCUUUGCUUGCCCUCUUUGCAUCAUCGCUUGCAAUCUCUGUGGUUUUUGCCAUCAUCCCUUUCUGCCAUAAUGUGGUGGUACUUGCAGUGGUCAUGGCCAUGGCUGGGCUGGCGAUGGGAUGUAUCGACACCCUCUCCAAUUUGCAGCUGGUGAAGAUCUAUCAGAAGGACUCUGCUGUCUUCCUGCAGGCCCUCCAUUUCUUUGUGGGCUUUGGUGCCCUGCUAAGCCCUCUGAUAGCUGACCCUUUUCUGUCGGACACCAACUGCAUCUUGACAAAUGGCACAGUCAACAGCAGCAGCAAUCUCCCUCAUAUCCGAAAGUCACUGGUCCCGCAUCAUCCUGGAAACCUGUCACACUAUGACCUGCCCACAAAAGGACUGGUGGUGACACGAGUGUCUUAUGCCUUCUGGAUUAUGGCUUUGAUCAAUCUCCCUGUCCCCUUUGCGGUGUUCCUUCUGCUCUACAAGGAGAGGCUGGUGCCUUGCUGUCAGAGGAGCAGCCCCCCUCUGCUGCCAGCCGAUGAAUUGGCAAUGGAAACACGGGCCAUUGACAAAGAUGAUUCUUCUACUUCCUCACCCAAAAUUCAGCCAGAAAUAGGGCAUGGUGACCUCUUUGGAUGCUGCCAAAGCAAGAACUUCAGAGGAGUUCCUUGCUCUUACUUUGCAGUCCAUGUGACUGGAGCCCUUCUCCUCUUCAUGACUGAUGGGAUUAUGGGCGAGUAUUCAGGUUUCGUGUACAGCUACGCUGUGGAGGAACCACUCUCAGUGGGACAUAAGAUGGCUGGAUAUCUGCCCAGCCUCUUCUGGGGGUUCAUCACAAUGGGCAGGCUCAUCUCCAUCCCUGUGUCAUACAGAAUGAAGCCAGCAACUAUGGUUUUCAUCAAUGUGGUUGGAGUGCUUGUCACAUUCUUCCUGCUCCUGAUCUUUUCCUCCAGUGUGGUUUUCUUGUUUGUGGGGACAGCAUCUCUGGGCUUGUUCCUCAGCAGCACUUUCCCCAGCGUGCUGGCCUACACUGAAGACAUCCUUCAGUACAGAGGCUGUGCCACCACUGUGUUGGUGACGGGAGCAGGACUUGGAGAGAUGGUUUUGCAGUUGCUGGUAGGAUCGAUCAUUCACGAUCAGGGCAGUUACAGUUUCCUGGUCUGUGGAACCAUCUUUGGAGCCUUGGCCUUCACUUUCUACGUCUUCCUUCUAUUUUUCCACAGGAUGCACCCUCACCCCCAAUCAGAUAUGGAUCUGUCACCUGACAAGCCGCCACCACCCAUAGGGGAGCCUGAACUUUAUCAGAGCUAAAGGAAGCAUCACAUUUGUAAUUGGAUCAAGCACAGUGUCACUACGAACGAAAGAUUUGCUUUCACCACCUGGUUAAACUACCUGAAUUUUUUUUUUUUUUUUACAAUGAGACUCUUUGUUUCCAACUUGUUCCUAGCAAAGAAGCAUUCAUGAUUACCAUGGAAGGCUCCUUGCAGCAUAAACCAAGGGACUGAAGCUGCAGAAUCCUAGAAGGGCUGAAAUUUUGAUAUGGAAAUCUAAUUUCUUUGGUAGAGAAACGUGUAGAGGCAGGUGGUGAACAAGUGUACUGCUGUCACUUUUUUACAUGCUGUGGGGCACCCUCCUUAUAUACACUCUCACUAGGAGGUCUCUCUCUCUAUAACCGUCCUAAUUUGGUAGCCUGCAAGCUGUUUACUGCAGAGUAAUUUUUUACAAAAUCCUCUAACCCUGCUGCUAUAUCACUAUUGUGAUAUGCAACUUUUGUACAACCCCGUAUGGGAUUUUGUUACCUUAGCAUGGCUGAAGGGCCCCCAAGGUGGGAGAGUGGUUUAAGUAUAGCAGUUGGACCAAAAUAGGUUGCGCUCUUAAAAUUAGCCCAAUAGCUGUAGCCUUCUUUGGUUGCCAGAAUUUCCCAACUGGGACUGGGUGAAAGUUCUGAUGUACAUGAAGCCAAACAUCAAGUCUCUUCCAUUAUGUGCAAUAUAACAAGAGGUGCCUUCCAGAAGCAGAACUUGAAAGGUACUGAACAGCCGAGAGUGAAGGUAGUCAAACAAUAGUAGUAAUUUUAACGACUGCUAUGAAGAGGUGGCGGUGAGAUAGCUUGAAGACGGAACUUGAGCAGAAUGGAGCUGACUUUGUUGCAAAUGCUGCCCCCUAAUAUACAUAUGUAUAUACAGGGAAUGUUAAUUAAUGUGAUUGCUCUUGUUGCAUGAACUUUUGUGGAGUGACUUAAGAUGGGACCCAGCAACUUCACGAAAGCAGAAAAAGUGCCCUACAGGCUGGUCACCCUGCUCAUUUCAAAAGUGUACAUGAUACCAAACCUUUGUUGCCAUUUGACUUACAGAAUGCUAUGUUGCAUGGGUAUGCACCCUCAUCUUUGAUUUCUGUGUGGCCCAAACCUUGAAAUACAACCUCCUUGAAUACAGAGUGUAUGUGUUCAUGUCUUAUAUAUAUACAUACACACACAAUUAUAUAAGUGGGAAGGCAGACAGCUCCCAAGUAGGUAACUGCCUAUUUUAUCCACAGAUCUGCUGUUUUAUGGGGUUCUUUCAAAAAAUACAGGCAUAGGAAGAUCUUUGCUGAAAGCAACAAGGCACCUGCUGUUAAGUAGGUUACAUAUUCUUAACAGCUUAUGAGUUGACUAUUGCUGACUCUGUGACAGCUGCAUUCAACUUACUUGGGUGUGUUUAAACUCUCCAUAGACUACAAUUUUUACAUGAAAUGUGGUUGCCAAGCAGCCAAAUCAGUUCACUUGCAAAAAGCUAUCUGAAAGAGAUACAAAAACAUGCUCUGACCAAGAUGGUGAAAAGUAGCCUCAUCUCAUCAAAAUAUCAGAAGUUAGUAACAACAACAACCGAUUUAUAUACCACCCUUCAGGACAACUUCAUGCCCACUCAGAGCAGUUUACAAAGUAUGUUAUUUUAUCACCCUGUGAAGUGGGUGGGGCUGAGAGAGCUCUGAGAAGCUGUGACGAAGCCAGUUGGGUGACCUUGGGUCAGUGGAGUGAGGAAUCCAACCCGGUUCUCCAGAUUAGAGUCCCACCGCUCUUACCAUGACACCAAACUGGCUCUCAGUUAAGCAGGGUUGGCCUGGUCAGUAUCUGAAUGGAAGACUGGGACAGGGACACUGUGCAGAGGCAGGCAAUAGCAAAUCACUUCUGAACAUCUCCUGCUUUGAAUACCUUUGAAUAUCUUUCUAUAUAUAGCCAUAGCAACAUCCAAAACUGAGGUACUGCACCUUGACAGUGGAAUGCAACCAACUGAUGCACUUACUGAUGCCUUCAGAAAAGACAUCUCACAAUAAAUUUGAUGCUUUAUUA